AUGGAGAUAUCAGCAUCUUUUUCUUCCUCCUAUGGUGCUUCCUAUGUGGCUGUACUGUUAACUUUGCUUUUUGCCAUAACUCAUUGCUUGUCCUCUACUCAUCCACUGUGCCAUGAUGAAGAAAGGGAUGCCCUUUUGCAGUUCAAGGAAAGCUUUUUGUUUGACAAGUCUGCUAAUUGUUCACAUGCAUUUCCCAAGACAGCUUCUUGGCGAGUUGAUAGCAGGAGUAGCGAUGAUUGUUGUUUGUGGCGUGGUGUGGAGUGUGACAAGACAACAGGGCAUGUGGUCGGUCUUGACCUCGGCAGUGAUUGCCUCUAUGGUUUCCUAAAUUCCAAUAGCAGCCUCUUUCGACUUGUUCAUCUUCAAAAGCUUAACCUUGCACUCAAUAACUUCAAUUUCUCUGAGAUUCCUGCAAGAAUCCAACAACUUUCUGACUUGAUGCUUCUCAACCUUUCUGGUUCUACAUUUUCAGGACAAAUCCCAGCUGAAAUCUCUAAGUUGUCCAACUUGUUGGCCUUAGACUUGUCUCAAAAUAUCGAAGUCUCUUCGGGAGAAAGGUUGUUGAAACUUAGAAAUCCUGAUUUCAAUAGUUUUGUGGCAAACUUCACUAAACUUGAGCAUCUUAGUCUUAGUAAGGUUGACAUAUCAUCCAAAGUCCCAGAUUACUUGGCAAAUUUAUCUUCUUUAGAAUCCCUUCGCUUGUCUGAUUGCGGCCUGUGGGGUCAAUUUCCCAUUGAAAUAUUUCAGUUUCCGAAACUAAAGAUACUUGAAAUACCAUACAAUCCGAAUCUCGUCGGUUAUCUUCCUGAAUUCAACUCAAGCAAUUUGCUCGAGGAAUUAUGCCUCGAGUACUCAGGAAUAACUGGCAAAAUACCACAUUCAAUUGGAAAUCUACAUUCCUUGACUGUGUUUGAUGUAGCAGGAUGCAACUUAUCGGGGACUGUUCCUCCUUCACUUGGAAACCUCACCCACCUCAAGAUAUUAGUCCUUCGUUCAAACAAGUUCAGUGGCCAAAUUCCUUCUUCCUUCAAAGAUCUUACUGGGUUAAACUUUCUGCACCUCACCUCCAAUUAUUUCACUGAUGCAACCCUGUCUUGGGUUGGUAUGCAGACCAAACUUGCAUAUUUGGGUCUUGCAUAUAUCAGCCAAAUAAAAAAUGAAGGAAUGUAUGGUGUUCCAUCUUCACUCUGCAACUUGAGUUCUCUUAUUUACCUUGACAUUUCUGGCAACUCCAUUGGUGGCCUGCUUCCCGGUUGUAUGGGGAAUUUCAGUUCUUUGGAAGUUCUGAGACUGAGCGAUAAUAUGUUUCAUGGAAGCAUUCCUGACACCUUCAUCGGCAAAAGCAAUCUACGGGCCAUUGAUUUCAGGCAGAACCAAUUUCAGGGUAAAGUUCCAAGAUCUUUGGCAAACUGUCAAAUGCUAGAGAAUAUAGACCUCAGUUACAAUCAACUGACUGACGUUUUCCCAUCUUGGCUGGGAGCUCUUCCAAUGUUGAGCCUUCUCAUGUUGCAAUCCAAUCGAUUCUACGGGAUUAUCAAAGAGCCGAAGACCAAUUAUGACUUUCCGAGAUUGCGUGUUAUUGAUCUCUCUUAUAAUAACUUAUCAGGUGACCUGCCACUCAAAAGCAUCAGUAAUUGGAAUGCCAUGAAGAUUACUACCCCAACUACCAAAUCAACAUAUAUGAAAGCAAACAGUACAUGCUUCUUUUUUGCAAAUUAUGCUUGGGCACUCGAGUAUUAUUACUCAAUCACCAUAAUCAAUAAAGGGUAUGAGAGAAGCUUCUCCAAGAUUCAAGAGGCUUUCACCAGUAUGGAUCUCUCAAGCAACAGAUUCAAAGGCAAAAUUCCGGAUCUAAUCGGCAAAUUAAAGGGUCUCCAUUCUCUCAAUCUGUCUCACAACAUGCUCAGUGGUCAAAUCCCAUCGUCAUUGGGUAACAUAACACAGCUUGAAUCUCUGGAUCUUUCAAACAACAGGCUUUCAGGGGAGAUUCCAGAGACACUGGCUCAGCUCACUUUCCUUUCAACUUUUGAUGUCUCCCAAAACAACCUCUCGGGUCUAAUACCAGAAGGGAACCAGCUUAACAACAUUGAAAGCAGUUCGUAUGAGGGCAAUGUAGGAUUGUGUGGGAAGCCAUUGGUGAAGAAAUGUGGGGAAUCUGAGGCCAAGGAACCAUCAUCUUCAACCUCAGAGGAAGAUGAUGAAGCUUCUAUGUUCGAUUUUGGUUGGAAAAUAGUGUUGAUUGGAUAUAGUUGUGGGGUAGUGUUUGGAAUGGUGGCUGGGAAUUAUGUAAUCAAGAGGAAGGAAGCAUGGUUUCUGAGGAUCUACAGAGUUGCACGACCAAAGAGAAGGGUGACAAGGAGGACAAACCAUUAA